UUUUAGUGUGCAGAGAUUGUUGACGUGUGCAGCUGCGUGUCACUUCACUUUUCAACCCCGCAAGCCGGCCAUUCGCAUAGGAAGUACCCAGCUUAGCUCAAGACAGGAUUGGAUCGGACACCAUGGCGGAAGAAGUGAUUGGAACCGUGAAGGAGGUGCUUCAGGGCAUCAUCGAGAACGUGAAUGCGCCUAAAAACGAGUCGGCGCAAGCGGAGAAGAAGCCCCCCUCGACGCCGGAGGGCAUGGCGGUUGCCUACAGCAGCCUGGUGGUGAUGGCCAUGCUGCCCAUCAUCUUCGGCUCCAUCCGCUCAGUGAAGCUGCACAAGCUGAAGAAGUCCACGGGCGAAAAGGCCGACACGAUGACAAAGAAGGACGCCAUGUACUUCCCGCUGAUCGCCUCGGCAGCGCUCUUCGGACUCUACCUGUUCUUCAAGGUGUUCCAGAAGGUGCACAUCAACUACCUGCUGACCGGCUACUUCUUCGUGCUGGGCGUGAUCGCGCUGGCGCACCUGCUGAGCCCCGUGAUCAACUCGCUGAUGCCCGCCGCCUUGCCGAAGGUGCCGUUUCACAUCCUCUUUACGAAGGGAGAGGGCAAGCACAAGGAGGACAUCGUGAACUACAAGUUCUCCACGCACGACAUUGUCUGCCUGGUUAUCUCCUCGGUCAUCGGAGUGUGGUACCUCUUGAAGAAGCACUGGAUCGCCAACAACCUGUUCGGACUGGCCUUCGCCAUCAAUGGCGUGGAGAUGCUGCACCUGAACAACUUUGUGACGGGCGUGAUCCUGCUGAGCGGGCUCUUCUUCUACGACAUCUUCUGGGUGUUCGGCACCAACGUGAUGGUCACCGUGGCCAAGAGCUUCGAGGCGCCCAUUAAGCUAGUGUUUCCCCAGGACCUGAUCGAGAAUGGACUGAACGCCUCGAACUUUGCGAUGCUGGGACUGGGAGACAUCGUCAUCCCAGGCAUCUUCAUUGCCCUGCUGCUGCGCUUCGACGACAGCAAGAAGCGUAAGACGCGCAUCUACUUCUACUCCACGCUGAUCGCCUACUUCCUGGGCCUGCUGGCCACCAUCUUUGUGAUGCACGUAUUCAAACACGCGCAGCCAGCACUGCUAUACCUGGUGCCAGCCUGCAUGGGCACCCCGCUCCUGGUGGCCCUCAUCCGCGGCGAGUUGAAGGUGCUCUUUGCCUAUGCGGACCAUCCCGAGGAGAAGCCCGAAAAGAAAGAAAAGAAGGAGAAGGAAGAGGGCACUAGCUCGUCCAGCAGCAAAAAGAAGGACUCCAAAAAGGUCAAGUAAGACCAGGACGCGCCUUCUCGAAAAGCAUCUCCAUUCGUUCCAUCGCAAAAUGUCUUCUGCAGUUAGCUAAGAUUCCUUUCGUUAUCGCUUCACAUUAUCACAACCCGUAACUUCUACGGCACACCGCUACAAAAGACGAUCCACCAAUUGAGUUAGCU